GGGAGGGGCGGGUGGGCGGAGCCUGGCGGCGGCGCUGGUCGCCGCGCAGCUCUGAGCCGACCCGGGGCCGCGGCUGCUCUGCGCGCCCGCCAGCACCUGCUGCCCCCACGGGCAGGGCUCCGCUGCCAUGCGGCUGGCCCUGCUCUGGGCCCUGGGGUUCCUGGGCGCGGGUAGCCCUCUGUCCUCCCGGCCGCUCCCCAAUACAGACCCCACAGGUGGCACCAAGGAGCAGGAGGCCAGACCAGAGAAGGCCUUGAGUGGGCCCUUGGAGCCUCAAGUCCUCCAGGACCACCCCCUGACUAGCCUAGCAGACAUGCUUCAGACAAGUUUGCCUGAGGCCCUGAAGGUCAAACUGGAGCUGGACGGUGAGAGUCACAUCCUGGAGCUGCAGCAGGACAGGGAUCUGGUCCCAGGCUACACAACCGCGGUAUGGUACCAGCCCAAUGGCACUCGGGUGGUCAGCAAGGGACACGCUCUGGAGAACUGCUGCUACCAGGGCAGGGUGUGUGGCCUUGUGGGCUCCUGGGCCUCCUUCUGUACCUGCUCUGGGCUCAGGGGCUUGGUGGUCCUGUCCCCACAGCGAAGCUAUGCCCUGGAGCUGGGGCCUGGGGACUUCCAGGGGCCUCCCAUUGUCUUCCGGAUCCAAGAUUUCCUCCGGCCAGGCCACACCUGCACCCUGAGCUCGUUUGCAUCUCUGCCCACUCAGGCUCCACCAGAGCUUCCCAGGGGACAGCAACACGCUCGCCGGAAGCGGGAUGUGGUCACUGAAACCAAGGUCAUCGAGCUGGUGAUCGUAGCUGACCACUCAGAGGUCAGGAGGUUCCCCGACUUCCAGCGCCUGCUGAACCGCACCCUGGAGGCGGCCUACCUGCUAGACUCAUUCUUCCAGCCUCUGAAUGUGCGGGUGGCCCUCGUGGGCCUGGAGGCCUGGACCCAGCGGGACCUGGUGGAGGUCAGCUCCGACCCAGCUGUCACCCUGGAAAACUUCCUCCGCUGGCGCCGGGCAGACUUGCUGCCCCGUCUGCCCCAUGACAGCGCCCAGCUGGUGACUGAUACUCCCUUCUCCGGGCCCACGGUGGGCAUGGCCGUUCAGAACUCCAUCUGUUCCCCGGACUUCUCAGGAGGCGUCAACAUGGACCACUCCACCAGCAUCCUGGGAGUUGCUUCCUCUAUUGCCCACGAGUUGGGUCACAGCCUGGGCCUGGGCCACAUUCCCCCCGGGAGUGGCUGCCCCUGCCCAGGCCCAGCCCCCGCCAAGAGCUGCAUCAUGGAGGCCUCCACAGACUUCCUGCCAGGCCUGAACUUCAGCAACUGCAGCCGGCAGGCCUUGGAGAAGGCACUCCUGGAGGGGAUGGGCAGCUGCCUCUUUGAGAGACUGCCCGGCCUGCCCUCUGUGGAUGCUUCCUGCGGAAACAUGUUUGUGGACCCCGGCGAGCAGUGUGACUGUGGCUUCUCAGAUGACUGCACGGAUCCCUGCUGCGACCAUGACACUUGCCAGCUGAGGCCAGGGGCACAGUGUGCAUCUGACGGACCCUGUUGUGAAGAGUGCCAGCUGCGCCCAGCGGGUUGGCAGUGCCGCCCUCCCAGAGGUGAUUGUGACCUGCCCGAGUCCUGCCUGGGAAACAGCUCCCAGUGCCCCCCUGAUGUCAGCCUGGGGGACGGUGAGCCCUGCGCGGGUGGGCAGGCCGUGUGCAUGCACGGGCGCUGUGCCUCCUAUGCCCAGCAGUGCCAGUCGCUCUGGGGACCUGGGGCCCAGCCCGCCACCCCGCUUUGCCUCCACACGGCCAACAUGCGGGGCAAUGCCUACGGAAGCUGUGGGCGCAGCCCCGAUGGGAGCUAUGUGCCCUGCGCCCCCCGAGACGCCAUUUGUGGGCAGCUCCAGUGCCAGGGGGGAAGGACGAAGCCUCUGCUGGGCUCAGUCCAAGACCUGCUCUGGGAGACCCUGGAAGCCAAUGGGACACAGCUCAACUGCAGCUGGGUGCACCUGGACCUGGGCAGUGACGUGGCCCAGCCCCUCCUGACUUUGCCCGGCACCACCUGUGGCCCUGGCCUGGUGUGCGUCAGCCGGCGGUGCCAGCCCGUGGAUCUCCUGGGAGCACAGGAAUGUCGACGCAAAUGCCACGGGCAUGGGGUCUGUGACAGCAGCCGAAACUGCCACUGUGAGGAGGGCUGGGCUCCCCCUGGCUGUGCCACCCCGCUGCGAGCAGCCAGCCCCCUGACCACAGGCCUGCUCCUCAGCCUCGUACUGGUGCUGGUCCUCAUGCUACUUGGUGCCAGCUACUGGUACCGUGCCCGCCUGCACCAGCGAUUCUGCCAGCUCAAAGGGUCCAGCUGCCAAUACAGGGCAGCCCAGUCCAGUCCCCCAGAACAGCCAGGAGCCCCCCAGAGGGCCCAGCUGAUGCCAGGCACUAAGGAGGCUCUCCGCUUCCCGGCCCCCCCCUCCAGGCCGCUGCCGCCUGACCCUGUGCCCAAGGGACUCCAGGCUGAGCUGGCUGACCGACCCAAUCCCCCCACCCGCCCUCUGCCCGCUGACCCGGUGGUGAGGCGCCCGAAGUCUCAGGGGCCUGCCAAGCCCCCACCCCCACGGAAGCCUCUCCCUGCAGACCCCCAGGGCCGGCGCCCCUCGGGUGAGCUGCCUGGCUCAGCGGCCGUGGCCAUGCCCUUGGUGGUCCCCUCCAGGCCAGCGCCACCGCCCCCAGCGGCGUCCUCCCUCUACCUCUGACCCCUGCGGAGGCGCCGCUGCCUCCGACUCGGACUUAGGACUUAAAGAAGCCCAGUCCCCACUGGAAUCCUCCAGGACGACUGAAGGAGCCGGAGCCUGGACGCCGUCGGGCUGUCAAGCAACACCAAGGGGACCUCCCUGACACCCCAUCGUAGCUGCAGCCGGGGCCUGGGGAGAGGCUGGGACUGGACGGGGCCAGGGAGGCUGCAAUAAACGUGAGGUCUUGAGAGCUCGAA